UCCGUGGAGUCUUGCAUCAAAAGACUUCUUGAGCUUCUUAACUCAUACUAAUUGAAGCAUGUAAGCGAAUCUUGAACUACUGAGUGUUUCUUGGAUAGGGCCAGAGUAACUUCAUUUUUCCACUGUAAAUGAUGUUCAAGUCCUGCAAGAGGAUGAAUUGACUUGUGUGGUGGAGUUUGUGUAUCAUUUUUUGAAUUCGCAAAAGAUGAGUCCAGAAGAGACACUGAAUGCUGAGAAAUGCUAAGGAUUUUCCUUUUCAUUUUUUGGAAAUAGCAUUUGGCAUUCCUUCCACCCCAGUGCAUUUGCCGUCUAAAUAUAUGACUAAUGGAUAGCAUUGGAUCCUUGUGCUUCUGGCCAUUGCUAAAAUAUCAUUUGCCUUGAGCUUACAUGAUUUUUGAUACACAUGAUAUACUAAAUGGAAAUUUAUCUAAAAGAAAUUAAUAAAAUGAAGAAAAGAGACUACAUUUUAUCAUUUGAACCCCUCAAAAAAGUACAUUUUCUCCUUGCUGUUCAUCUCCAAUUUGAAUUAGUAUAUCUAGUUUGUUGAAAUACCAGGACUCCCUGAGCACUGCUUAGCUUCAACCAUUGCUAGCAUAUUCUUCCUUUCUGGGCAGUAAUUUAUAUAUAUAUAGAACCUAAGUUGGUGCAAUAUGUUUGCUCUAGUUUUUUGUGGAUAUUUCUGUAGUAGUAUUACCACUGAUUUUAUGGUUUCAUCACCUUGCCUUGGUUCCAAUUUGUUUGUCAAACAUGUUUUGGUCCAAGGAACAGUUAAUAUUUUUUCUUGAUGAUAUCCUCCUACCUCUUCCUUCUGGCACUUGAUACAUCUUGACAAAAACUGAAACUCCAACAUUUAGAAAGAAAAAUAACAAGUUUUUUCGUUACGGGUUUCUCAAAGUGUGAAGAUCGAUAUAACUUAUUAUGGCAUGUUCUGCAUAAAAGCAUCUCGGACGUCAUGAACUACUUAUUAUUUGGUUCAGUUCGCAUGUAGAUAACCUAAAGACAAUGUUCCUGCAUUAGCUUAGGUUUCUAGUCUGGUUCUGUUGGAAAAAUAUCUGAAAGGGUCAGUCUUUCUAUCUUUGGAAAAUACCUAAGGGGUCAAAUUGCUCAAAUCCAGACAAGAAAAGAACUGAAUGAUUAAAAUUUUAAGCACUACGAAGUAGCACUAGAUAACUGUAAGCAAAGAUAUUAGGGUUCACUGUGGCAUAAGUAGCACUAGAUAACAGUAAAGGAUAUUGUGUUCCACUACCGGGACACUUGGCUUAUACUGUUGAUUCAAAUAAAAACCAAAAAUGGUGUGUUGAUAUAUCUUUUGACUUUUUAUAUACUUUGUAGGGUGGAUCUUGACGAGAUCAUGUUCGUGUAAAGCCAUUGACAUGUUUCAACAAGAAGCAAUCAUAAUGUAUAUUACCAGCAAAGAGUGGGUACAGUAGUUGGGAUUUCCCCAUUCUUAACUAGAGGUCUUCGGUUUGAACGUGGAAAUGGAGUACCUUUUGGUAGGAAGUACUCUGCUCCUCUUUGUGUAUCUACCUAGAGUGAAUCAGGAUUAGUAGGUCGUUGGGCUAUGAAUACUGGAUGGUUAAAGGAAAAAAUUACAAUGAACAUCGCACAGAGCUGCGCGGCAUCUGCUCCAUUGCAGCUGCAUUAUUUUGAUGCGUACUUUUAGGCAGGGAAAAUCCAUCAACUUGUGCAGAUAGUAUUUGGCUUAUAGUUGUCUUGCAGCUGGUAUUUCUUCUGGUUUGUCUGAUAAUACUGAGACUUGUGGAUAUCUUGUGCAUUAGACGGUUACUUAUAAUCAUUUGGUUAUACUUGAUUUUGAUCAAUUAACCUACUUAUCUGGAUGAAAUUUCACUAUCAUCUGUGGAUCAUAUAUUGCCAGGAACACUUUAAUUUCUCCAUAGUCUCUAUAAUCUGAUUUUAACUCUUACUCAUUAAGACCUGGAUAUUCUUAGAAGGUCCUUCUAUAUGUAUGUAAUGUUUGCAAAAAAAUGGACUUAUGCUUUCACAUGAACAGAGUUAACACUCCAUGACUGAAGGCCUAAAUUAAGGUUAGACUUAAGAGUAGUCAUUAGGCUCUUACCAAAUAGAUGGAGCUAAAAACAAGAAUCUCUGUUAUGAUGAUUUGCUUUGCGCUUACACAAUAAGUUGCAUGUUGCGGAAGAGUAUUUGUGUGGAUGGGAAAGAACCUGCCUGCAAUAAGAGCAGCGAUGAGAUUUGAUUUCUGUAUAAAAGGUUAUGCUUACAAUGUAGAAUAUGAGCAUCCAGAAAAUCUGAUAUCUGGGAUAUGGAACCAAAAAUGGAAAUAGAGAAUCUCAUCACAUUUAACUUCAGUAUGCCAAUAGAGGAAAUUAGCAGGGUUCUGUUUACUAGUUCCAUGCCUCUUAAUGCAUGAAUAGUUGUUAGGAAAUAAUUGUGUGGCUCACUUUUGCUAAAGGAAAUGAAGGAUUCCAGCUCAAUACCUUAGAUAUGGAACAAAAGAAUAAGGAUUAAGAUAACGGACACGAAAGAAUGUCUAUUGUCCACCCCACCCCCUACUUUCCAUUGAAAAGAUCAAUGUGAUGUUACUGGUUAAAAGCACUGGUGUGACUUAUAACCAAUGUAGCUAUUCUCCUCUGUUGGUGGCCCUCAUAUCUUGCAAACAAAGUGGGAUAUUUCUUUUUUUGGCGCUUUUAAACUGUACAAGAAAGUAGAGAUUUGAUCCGCCCUUUUAGCUCUUUCAUGUGGAAAAAUCCUUGAAGCAUAUGGAUGCUUUCUUGGUCCACAUGAAUGGACCCUUUUGAAGGUGAAAAGUUUUAUCGUAGUUCCAGUCCUUCCGGAUCAUACACCCCGCUUUGUCACAAGGUGUACGUGUAAUACAUGAAAAUUAUACUGUGGAAUCACUCUCCUUGAUCUUGAUUUGCUUUCUAAACUAGUUUCUGUAAUAGAGUAUCGUGAGUAAUGCUCAAGUUAACUUAUUUCUUUAACAAUGUUGACAACAAUGUCAUUCCAUUAUACGCGAGCUUUUAUUCAGCCCAUUUCGAGUCAAUUUAUUGCUUAAAAACUAUUUCCUCUCCUCCCUCUAUGAGUUUGUGUGGUAAGGAAAAUACCUGGUCCCAUCAGGUAGUGUUAAAGAAUUUUGAAAUAGUGAACAGUUAAGGUAUUAUUAUAUGAAUAUGAUGAAUUGUUCUGUGUCCCCUUGUUGUACUCUGAAGAUGCCUGGAUAUAAGUUCUAAAAGCAGCAUUAGAUGCUUAGGUUACCAAGACAUAAAAAAUGCAUUAGAUGUUAUACUAUGCUGCAAGAAGGGGAAUCAUUUCUAUUUGACCCCCACCCACAAGAUGCUUGCUACACUAUCUUCUAUAUACCAAAAUGGAUUUUUUUUUUGGAUCAGUGGGUUGACUCCCAUUUUAAAUGUUCUAAACAUAAAUUAAUUUAUAGACCAGUGAAUUUAUUAAUAUGGUUACUUAUUCCCAAUCAGUUUGCUUAUGAUGGAAAGGAUCAGUCAAAAGUAAGGAAAUAGAGUAAACUGUAAUCUUUCAAACAAAGAAAAGGAAAAUGAUGGAGUUUAUGAUGUUAAACAAAAUGUCAACUUUUUCUGGUGGAAUAAAAGCAUUGAUGUGAUUGCAGGAAUUAAUCCCUUCUCCGUGUGCACUUUCUUUACUCCACUAAAGUUCAUGUGGAACUUUAAAUGUCUUAUCUCAUCUUCAUGUUUAAAAACAUGCUACGAUAAUUCAAAUAAGAGGCAGAUUAAGAGAAAGAAGUUAAAAGUAUUGACUGAAAGGGAAAUACUCAGAUGAAGAGCUAUGUGGAAUGGUACCCUAUUUUUAUUAUGUUGACAAUCGAUUUUGCUUUUGCUAUUAGUAACAUACUUCUCAAGAAGAUUAUACUGGACGGGAUGAACCAUUUGGUCUUCAUAACUUAUCGGCAGGCCAUUUCAACCAUUUUUUUAGCCCCAGUUGCCUUCUUUCUGGAAAAGAACACCAGACCAAAACUCACCCCUCAAAUCUUGUGCAACCUUUUUUUGAGUGCCAUUGUUGGGGCAUCUCUUACGCAAUACUUAUUCCUUCUUGGCAUGGAAUACACAUCUGCAACUUUCUCAUGUGCCUUUCUCAACAUGGUUCCUGUGAUCACAUUCCUUAUGGCAUUACCUUUUGGGUUAGAGACUAUCAACAUCAAACACGGAAGUGGAAUAGCCAAAGCGAUUGGUACACUAGUAUGUGUUGGAGGUGCCUUCUUACUGACUUUUUACAAAGGCAUCCCUUUGGUUCAUUUUUCAGACCAACCAUCUGUAUCUUCAUCCUCGGAAGGAGACAUUAGUUCCUCGAAAAUAAAGGAAAGAUGGAUCCUUGGUUCUCUGGCCAUGUUUGCUGGGACACUUUUGUGGUCUUCGUGGUUCCUUCUCCAAUCAUUUAUUGGAAAGAAAUAUCCAUGCAAGUACUCUAGCACUGUUAUUAUGACCUUCUUUAGCGCCAUACAAUCGGCUGUCUUGACUUUUUCCAUUGACAGAAGACUAUCCAUUUGGGUUCCGAAGGAAAAGAUAGAUAUGCUGAGUAUCCUCUAUGCUGGAUUAAUAGGUUCAGGAAUGUGCUAUGUGGGAAUGUCAUGGUGUGUCAAGAAGAGGGGUCCAGUCUUCACUGCAGCAUUCAGUCCUCUUGUCCAAGUUAUGGCAGCCUUGUUAGACGUUCCCAUUCUACACGAACAACUCCAUCUUGGAAGUGUAAUUGGAUCGGCUAUUGUAAUUGCUGGUUUAUACUUUCUGCUUUGGGGCAAGAACAGAGAAAUGCAAAAAGUUGUCCAUGAAACUGAAGAGAAAAAAGAGAAGGAGCUACCCUUCAAAGAUCUAGAAACCAAUUCUGAAUCCAGGAUCCCUUGAUGUCAACUUUAUCAAUAAGUACUUCAAUACGUCUUCCGAGUUUUCUUUGUUAACCUUAGCUUUUGUAAUAAAAAAACUGCGCUUUUAUCGUUCAUUUUUGUUCUUCAAGGAAAGAGCUUAUUAAAU